AAGAAGAAGACGAAGAAGAAGGUGCAAAUAUGUCUGUUAAUGAUGUCUCCGACUUAGAUGAUGCAGAGCCCUCAACAACAGACGGGAUAUUUGCUUUUUUUGAAAAAGUUGAGAGGGCCUCUGCAGGCUCUUCUCGACGCUGCAGCAAGUGGAAGGUCUCCUUAAGACACGGAAUUCUAAGGGUUGGAGGCCGCGAAAUUCCGUUUGAUCGCGCCACUGGCGAAUUUUCGUUUUAA